UCACAGAGCUAUUGCAAGAUAAGCAUUUGUGUUUAAAAAGUAUAUACAUUUUUAUUUAUUUUUUUAGAAAAUGACUGAUCGUUUCGGUAGAUAAGACCCUUAUUCCUCGGCUGGGAUCAUGUAGAGCCCUACAUUGUAUCAUGUAGAAGCUACAUUGUAACUGCAAUUGACCCUUCGCCAGGAGUUUGCCUGUCAAGUUAUCUAACCAAUCAUAACUCAGAAUCCGCUGUUUUGUCAGACAAAGCAGUCAGGGGAGUUACUAGAUUAACGUUUGUGGACUUAAACUUAGUGUGUACUGAUGUCUUUCAGUUGUUAAAACAAUAUUCUUUCUGAUGUUCAUUCAUGUUGUUUUAAUGCUAUAAAUUAACUUGUUGGAAGAGAUGAUUGGUUCAUGAGCAGCUUGAACUGAGGCGCUACAGCGAUCUGUCACGAAAAAUUACAACAUUUGAUAUUGGUGACUUUGUUUCAUAUCAAAAGUAACCUGCUCUGUCUUGUCUGUCGACGUGUUGUCAGUGUCCUAUUUGCUCCACUAUGUAUUUUUCGCUGUUUGAGAACAGGAUUUGUGGUGUGAGAGCGCCAUGGCUUGUCGGACGUAGCAACAGUAACUAAAGGGGGCGGGUCUUUGCGAACGGUCAGUUUAGACCUUCAAACCGUUGGUAACCGUUGAAGUCUGGUAUAUAGAGAAACUUAAUUUAAUUUCUUAAUUAACUUGAUUUCUUUUCGACUGAAGAAAGAAAGACAUGAACAUCUUGGAUGACAUGGGGGUGAGUAAAUUAUCAGGAAAUUUUAAUUCUGAAGUGAACUAAUCCUUUAAAUUAAAUAGUGUGAUUAUCAUAUAUAGGCUUUAUAUUAGCCAUCAAAAAAAAAAAAAAUCAAUAAUCUUCCACAGGAACCAAUGAGGUUUGUUCUCAGGCAUCAAGCAGUUCCAUUUACCAUUUGAUUCUGGCAGUAUAUUUCGUAUAUUUUCCUUUUUCUCUCCUAGAAGACAGCAUCAAGGAUUCUUCCCAGUGUUCUUGAGGCCGGGAUCUGUUGGCAGGUGGGUCAGCGGGCUGGCUCCUCCCCCUCCCGGCGGCAGCGUGCGCUCUCAGCCGCCCCCUUGCACCCCCCGCUCGCCAGGCCUACGCGCCCGAGCCCAUGCCCCCAGCUCCACGCGGCCCUCCAACGCCAUGUGUGUCCCGCACACUAUGGAGGUGGGCAAGCACAGUGCCAGCCAGGGGCAGGGCAGCCGUGGCGGGGUUCCCCUGGAGCCGUUCGUUCACCAGGUGGGCGGCCACACCAGCAUGAUGCGUUAUGAUGACCACACCGUCUGCAAACCACUUAUCACCCGUGAGCAGAGAUUUUAUGAGUCCCUGCCACCAGAGAUGAAAGAAUUCACCCCUGAAUACAAAGGUGUGGUGCUGGUGUGUUUUGAGGGUGACUCUGAUGGCUACAUCAAUCUGGUUGCAUAUCCAUAUGAAGAGAGCGAGGGGCUGGACCAUGAAGAGCUGUCCGAAAGAGAUCAACCUCGCCGAAAACACUCUCGCCGUAGCCUCCAUCGGUCCAACAGUGAGCACAAAGAAGACAGGCCGGCUCUUGACAGCGAUGGUAACGACAAUCUGCAGGAGUUGAAGAGUCCUCUUCUGGAUCUCCAGAUUCAUUCAGAUGUGCCCUUCCAGAUGCUGGACAGCAACAGCGGCCUGAGCUCAGAGAAGAUCAGCCACAAUCCCUGGAGUCUGCGCUGCCAUAAACAACAGCUCAGCCGCAUGCGCUCCGAGUCCAAAGACAGGAAGCUCUACAAAUUUCUGCUGCUGGAAAAUGUGGUCCAUCAUUUCAACUACCCCUGCAUCCUGGACUUGAAGAUGGGCACCCGGCAACACGGCGAUGAUGCGUCAGAGGAAAAGGCCGCCCGCCAGAUGAAGAAAUGUGAGCAAAGCACAUCUGCCACAUUAGGAGUGCGUGUGUGUGGCAUGCAGGUGUACCAGAUGGACACAGGUCAUUAUCUAUGCAGGAACAAGUACUAUGGCCGUAGUCUUUCCAUUGAGGGAUUUCGGCAUGCACUCUUUCAGUUCAUGCACAAUGGCACGCAACUGCGCAAAGACCUUUUUGAGCCUAUCCUGAGCAAACUGUGUAGCUUGAAGGCUGUCCUGGAGCGCCAGGCCUCGUACCGCUUCUACUCCAGCUCGCUGCUCAUCAUAUAUGAGGGCAAGGAUCCAGAGUCUGUUGACGGGUGGCAGAAACCCUCAGAACUGCCACCUGAAAAGGAAAAUCAGGCCACACUGCUUGGUUCUCUGGAGAAGCCACUGGUCUCUGAGCCCCAUACCCCUCCUCAGGUGCUCAGUGUGGAUGUGCGCAUGAUAGACUUCGCCCACAGCACCUUCAAAGGUUUCCGGGAUGACCAAACCGUCCAUGACGGCCCUGACCGCGGCUACGUAUUUGGACUAGAGAGCCUCAUCAACAUUUUGCAGCAAAUCCGUGAGGAGAACCAGUAGCCAAACCCAUUGUUCCUUUAGUUGCAGUCCAAUGUAAAAAGCUCCUCCCUCCAGACUAUUGACAUUUUCAUAGAUAUAAAGAUUGCACAUUAAUGCAAACCUAAAGGUGUGUUUUCUGUUUCUCACUUAGUAUUUGAACCAUGAGGGAUUCAUAUACAUAAGAAAUGGAGGAAGGUUCUUGACUCUCUUGUCAUGAAAGAAAUGGCUACUAGUCUGCCUCCCCUCAUCAGAAGAUGUUUCAGUUUGUUUGUCACAUGGAUUCAUCACCACCAUGUGGCCAACUGAAGUACUGCAGUCAUGAACUGUGAGCUCAGGGCACGUCCGCUGUCAGGGUCUCUCUUAAAGUGUGGGAUUGCCAUAGAGAGUGCAAGUGUGUGUGUCUGUGUGUGUCAGUGUGAGUGAAUUGCAAGAAGAAAUGCACAGGUCAUAUUUUACCCCAAAUCACAAGAAAUAAAUCUUAUUAUAUUGCCUAAAUAAAGCCUAUUUUUAGGACCUUUAAGAUUUUUGUGCCAUUAUUAUUUUCAUGUUAAUUUAAGCAUGAAAGCAUUUCUCCCCAUAUCUUAUUAUAAUGCAAUCAACAAAACAUUCUAUCCAGAAACACUGAUUUUGUUUUUCAUUUAUUAAUAUAUUAUAAAUAUGCUUAACUAUGAAAAUCAUGCCACAAUGCAAACAAAGUCUUAAUGGUUUUAAAAUACUUUAUGCAGUAUUGUUUUUUUCUUGUGUUAUUUGGGGGGUGGGGGUGAAAUAUGAGCUGUUCUCAGCAUUUCUCCAGGAGUUAUAAAGGGAGCAGUUUAGCUCAGAGUCGUUGAUUAAAGCUUUAUUGUAGGAGUUGGAGGUGUUUAAAGGGAGGUUUUAAACCACUCAUCUCUGAUGACAACAUGAUGAUUCUGGCCUUAUGGCAAUAGGUGAAUUAAGCUUAGCUAUGCGCGUCUAUUUAACCGGUCAGGUUUUUUUGUUUCUGGGGGGGCUUUUUUGGUAGCUGUCUUAACUCUGUACAUUUAGAGCAAUCAUUACAUUUUACAGUUUUUACAUAUUUGUUGGGAUAGUAUAUUUGUAGUCUUGAAUUUAGAUUACCCUUGUGUUACAAAGUCUUUCCCUGUCAGUAACGAGGUUCUCAUUACAGAAGAAAACCUCACUGCAAAAAAAUAAUUUUCUCAAUCUGUCAGAAUUUUUAAACAUCCUUAAAACCUUGAAAAGCAAAAUUGUGUAAGGUAUUAAGACUUGUUUACAGAAGAAAAAAAUAAUAAAAUCUCAGAUUAAUUUCUUACCCAAUUGGCAAAUCUUGAAAAAACUUUAAUAUUUGAAACCAUUUUUAUUCAUCCUCCAGUUGUUUUAGGCAUAUUUAGAUAUUUUUGUUGAAAAACAAAUGAGUUAAAAUGACUGAUUAAGAAACUUAUCUUUGCUUUAGUUAGUGCUCACUAACUUCUGCACUGUAAAUUAUUAUAAACACCAUUACAAGAGCAUGACUUUGUUUUGUUUUGGAGUCAUUUUGAAGGGUUGUCUCUUAACUACACCGAUACACAGUGACAAUUUGCCCACCAUCAGCAAAUGUAGCAAGAUUUGUCCCUAGGUUCAUUCUUGUCAAGUCAGUUGAGUGCAGAAUGACACGUUCAGCAUGUUCUCUGUCUAGGUGAAUCAUUUAUUGCACUAUAGUAUCAUCCUUUUGCUGAAACAUGGACACUUUUCUGCAUUCUCUGGGAAACAGACAUCACAUCCACCUGUAGUAGCAGUUGAGCAAAUAUACUUGUAAUAACUUUGUUCGUUCGUCUUGUCCUACAUUUAUUGACUUUGGUCACAUGUGGUGUAUAAAUCAUAAAUCAACAUUACAAAACAUGGCAUCUAUGCGGAGUUGUGCCGUAGGGAUGUGUCUGUAUUUAGACGUGUGAUUUUGGUCAAUAGCCAUAACUGGGAGCCCAGGAGUGUAUCGCGUACAUUGUUUAACAAAGUCAUCACAGCACAAUCAGAUAAUUUCCGUAACCAUUGAAGGGAAAUGUUUGAAGAACAAAUGCCACAUGCGUGAUGUGUUCUCUCACAAUAAAUGAGCAAUGUACUAAAGUUAGAAUACAUCAUUACUAACAUGUUGGCAUCAUUCUGUAGCUGGUUUAUGUAUCUAAACCUUUCAUUUGUGCCGAAGAGAGGAUCCCACAUUCAUAGAUUUGGCAUAAAAAGAAAGAAUAUUAUUACUCCUCAUCCUGAAAACAA